AUGUCUGAUAGGAAAAUACCAAAGCACGAGCUUCUGGGUGGAAAUGGCGAUACGUUGUCGAAGAUACCAGAGGUCAUUGACCCAGGGAUUACCAUUCCGAUAUACGAAGAAGAUGUUGGAACUGGGACUGGCACUGGAAGCAAUAUAGAUGAUCAACCGCAGAAACUUGGGUCGUACCGAGCUCGGGCUGGAAAGUUCUCCAAUACGCUGAGUAAUUUGUUGCCUUCGAUCAGUGCUAAGUUACAUCAUUCCAGGAAAGGUACUCACGGUAAGGCUCCAGAUGAUGAUGUUACCACGAGUAACAACAGUUCAGAGUCUACAGUGGGUUCAAAAAAUACUCAUAGUACUCCCGCGAAGGGUAAGGAUUUUAUCCAGUCAUUUGGUGGGAUUUCACUGAACGGGGCUGAAAGUUUGACACCUCCACACGAGUUGGAGAAGUUGGUGCAUUUCCCAGAUUCCAAUUUUUUAAUAAACCAACCGCGAACUUCGAGUGAUUCUUUCACUUUUGGUACCUCGAAUUUGCCGCAUCCGAUUUCAAGAACGAGAAAUAAUACAAUGAAUUCACAAUUCACUUCUAUUUCAUCCAUUCCAGCUAAUGCAGGAUCUUCAAGUGCUAUAUGGUCUUCUAAUCAGAGUCCAAACGACCAAAUGCAACAGCAUUUGUUCCAUCAGUUCAACGGGAAUACGAAUAACAACACCAACAACAUUAAUAAUAACAUUAGCAUCAAUGGAUCCAGUCCAUUGCAAGAAUACUCAACCAAUACCGCUUAUUUUGAUGCAACGAUACCUACAUCCAACUCCAAAAAUUUGGGUGUACCAAAUUCUAUGUGGUCUCAGGGCACCGCCGGUGGGAGACCAAGGUCGCAAUCAAACACUUCAAGUAUAUAUACGGACGCUUCCUUGUAUGAACCAGCUGGAAGAUCUCGUGCGCCUUCGAUUUACACUUUGUCUCAACCACAGGCCCCACAACAGCAGGAGUCUCCUCUGAUAGAAGAUGAUGUUGAUCCCCGGUCUAUUAACUGGGUCACCACUGAUCAUUUGGUGCCCAUAAUUAACCAAAUUUCCAAUUUAUUGCCAACGAAUACCAUUUCGAUUUCGAAUGUUUUUUCACUGCAACAGCAGCAGCCGCAACUAAUCAAUGCAGUGAAUUUGACUAGUGCUUCUUUGGCUACAUUAUGUUCCAAGUAUGGUAAUGUAAUCUCUGCUAGAACUUUGAAAGGUCUAAACAUGGCUUUAGUUGAGUUCGAUACUGUCGAGAGUGCUAUUCGUGCCUUUGAGAUGUUACAAGGUAAGGAAGUCUCUGUCAUUGGUGCACCAAGCUCAGUGUCAUUUGCUAAGGUUUUACCCAUGCAUCAGCAACCUCCUCAAGUGGUUGUCUCCCCUGGGGCUCCAAAUAAUGCCAUCGGUUCGGAUGUUCCACAGCCCUUGUUACAGGAACAAUUGUUCAAUGGCCAGGUUAAUUUCCAACAAAAGGGGAAUGUUUCCGUACCUAUGUUCAAUCACCAACAGCAGGAAUCUCAACCACAACAGGUUCACGUUGCAUCCAACUUCAAUCAUUCAUACGGCCACGUUUCCCAAAAUGAGAAGGAACAAUGUCCUUUCUCAUUACCUCCACCGUCACUUAAUGAACAAGUUGGAACUUUGAAGGAAAUCCUUCAAUCAUUUGAGACUCCCUUCGACGAGACUCAAACCGAUCAUUUAAUUAAUAAUGCGCUAAAGCAUAACGGGACUUCGGAGACAAGUGAUUUUGGGCCUUUGCCUGAUCCUCUGACGAACAGAGAUUUUGAUGCACCAAAGUUGAGAGAGCUGAGGAAGAGCAUUGACGCUAACCAAAUGUCUGAUCUGGAGAUAGAGCAAUUGGCCAUGGCAAUGUUGGACGAGUUACCUGAAUUGAGUUCGGAUUAUCUUGGAAACACUAUCGUUCAAAAAUUGUUCACUCACUCUUCCGAUAUCAUCAAGGAUAUUAUGUUGAGAAAGACCAGCAAAUACUUGACCUCUAUGGGUGUUCACAAGAAUGGUACGUGGGCUUGUCAAAAGAUGAUUACAAUGGCUCGAACUCCAAGACAGAUCAUGCUUGUCACCAAGGGAGUAGAAAAGUAUUGUACGCCAUUGUUUAAUGACCAGUUUGGGAACUACGUGAUCCAAUGCGUCUUAAAGUUUGGCUUCCCAUGGAACAGUUUUAUUUUUGAAAGCAUUAUGGCCAAUUUCUGGACCAUCACCCAAAACCGGUACGGUGCUCGUGCCGUUAGAGCGUGUUUGGAAGCACAUGAUAUAAUAACUCAAGAAGAGACUUUGGUUAUCGGUGCCAUGAUCGUCCUCUACGCGGAAUACUUAGCAACUAACAGUAAUGGUACUUUACUUGUCAGUUGGUUCUUAGAUACAUCUCAAUUGCGCCACAGACACGCCAUCUUGGCGCCAAAACUGUUCAGCCAAAUAGUCGAGCUUUGUCGCCACAGGUUAGCAUCACUCACAGUUCUCAAGGUACUUAACUACCGAGGUGACGACACAGUAAGAAAGGAAAUGUUGGACAGGAUUUUUGGCGACACAUCGUCAGAUGAACCUGCUCCCGCUCUUCGUCAAAUAUUGUGCGAUACAAACCACGGUCCUACAUUCGUGUACAAAGUGCUCACGAUGUCACUGUUAGAAGGCGAGCUAAGAAAUCAUGUCAUAAAACAAGUGCGCCAAGUACUAUUGGAUACCACACCAUCGCAGUUGCACCGUCGUUUGAUGGAAGAGGUAGGACUAAGUCCUGCGAGCGCUCAACAAAAUUCCAACUUGAAACAUCGCUCGAGUAUAUCACAGGUAUUCAGUCAAGACAGUACCCACUUAAGGGGGCUAUCCGUUUCAAGUGUCAGAAGUAAUGGCUCUAGACAUAGCGGAUUAGUACCUACAACUUCUGCUGGGCAAGCCUCAAUCCCAACGUCUUCUACAGCUACCAACAAUAACAUGCAAUGGAACGUUGGGUACAUGAACUAUCCCGGCAUGUUUCCCGGUUUCGGAAGCAACGGUUAUUCUGUGAACGCAGACGAGUUACCUAGUCAAUUCGAUAUGUUAUCGCUCAACAAUGGCACGCACGUCUCAUUGCCACAGUUGAGCUUAACAAACCAAAACAAUACUACGAACGUGAUGUAUCCGGCAAAGAAUAACGCAAGUCAGGAUGCCCAUCUCAACGGACAGGGAAUGUAUGGUCAAUAG